AUGGAUCUGUUUGGAGAUAUAGAUGACAUUUCUUCAGAGAGCGAUGAAGACCAGCGGAUGCCUGUUCCAAGACAGCCUGCGGUGGUAUCUGACUUAAUUUUCUUUCAAACCUGUGUCUGCCACACACAGAGCACAGCUGGAACACUUGGACUGUCUCGGAACCAGCAUAUGGACCUGCGUAUUCCCGAAAUGAGAGUAAAAGUUGAAAUUCCCAGCAUCACCUCUGACUUAGGGAAUGAACUGUAUUUUGUUAAGCUCCCCAGAUUUCUCAGGAUAGAACCCAAACCUUUUGAUCCUCAGCAUUAUGAAGAUGAAUGUGAAGAUGAGAAAGUGCUUUAUGAGGACGAUAAAAACAACUUAAAAUUGAAGGUGGAAAAUACUAUUCGCUGGAGGAUACGCCGGGAUGAAGAAGGCUAUAAAAUUAAAGAAAGCAACGCCCGGAUCGUCAAGUGGUCAGAUGGAAGCAUGUCCCUGCAUUUAGGCAAUGAAGUGUUCGAUGUCUACAAAGCCCCACUGCAGGACAACCACAACCAGCUGUUUAUACGGGAAGACACUGGUCUCCGGGGACAAGCCAUCUUUAAAUCCAGACUUAUCUUUAGACCUCACUGUACAGACGGUGCCACAUAUAAAAAGCUGACUCUUUCAUUUAAGAACCCAAGUUCCAAGACACAGAUUAGAAUCUUGCCGAUGGCUGGUUGUGACCCUGAGUGGCCACGCACAGAGAUUCAGAGAAAAGAACGCCGAAGGCUGUCUAGUCGACGGAACUUGCAUCCGAAGAGGCAGGAUCAGCUGCAUUCAAGCCCCACCAUCCAGCAGCCUGACGGUGAGGACGAGGAAGAGGAGGGAGAAGAGGACACGACAUCCAGACUAGAGACCACUGAAAACCAUUACCAGGAGGCAGUCCACAAGGAACAAGCCCUGUCUUCCUUGGAUGGUGACGAUGAAGGAUCUGAAGAUGACAAGGCCAGAACAGUUCUUAAAGCCAAGACACUCACGAGUGACAGGGGUAAGACACUCACAAGUGACAGGGAUGGCCAGCUGCUGACCACUAUGUACGGCUCUCCAGGGAAACACAUGGCGUGCAGGCUACAGACUGGUUGGCUCCCACAGGCUUCAUCCCUCAUAUCCCUAGCAUCAAGGCUCAGUCCUCGUGAGAGCCUGCAGACAGCUAGCUCCUUCCUGCUGGUCCUCACAUGGUAG